UGUUAACUUUUUUUCCCCCAGAGGAAACAACUCAGCCGACCCACUGUGAGUUGCCUAAGGUCGAGCCCCGCCUAGUCUCUUCAGCUAUUUGUCUUUGACGUCGCAUCUUAGUAUAAAAAGCACUCGACACCCUUUCAUUCAAGGCAAGACAUUUACUGCGGAUAUAUCUGUCUUUUACCCAAAAACGUAUUUUCAAAUGGGCCCCGUCGACUAGCGUUUACUCUCCUACGCCUCGCCUAUUGAGUUGGGUGCUGUUAAACGGCUGGGUAACAAAAAGGGUUUCUAACACAUGACUCAACAAGUUCCGUAAGAAUGGCAGCGAUCAAUGCAGGCGGUUCUCUUGUGGCAACCCAUGACUACUACCGAAGGCGCAUCGGCUCCACUUCCAGCAGCAGCUCCUGUGGCAGUUCAGAGUACAGUGGGGAGGUCAUUCCACACCAUCCAGGUCUGCCAAAACAAGACUCGGGCCACUGGUGGUCCAGCUUGUUCUUUGGGAAGCAGAACCAGCCAGGAAUGACCACUCUGACUGAGGAGGCCCAGCAGAAGACGGUGGCCAUGACUUUGACCAACGGCCAGGUGACCUGCAUUGCCAGGGAGAUGGUGCUGAAGAGGCAGGUUAGCGACGCCGCGAGGUCCGAGCUGGCGAGUCCAACCCCCUCCUGAGGCAAGAAGGGAACAACGCUAGGAGACGGAGUCUGCUUCCCACGUCCCCUAAACCCUUUGAUUUUCUUCCAUCCUCCACACUACAUAGAAAGUAUGAAGCAAUGUAUAUCAGGCAUACAAUGUAGUAUGCUAGUGUAGGUAUUGGAACAGACCCCCUUCCCUUUAACCCUAAACUAUGAAUGCAUCCUAGUCCCUAUUUAGUGCACUACUUUUGACCAAGACCCAUUGGGUUAUGGUCAAAAGUAGUUCAUUAUAUCGGGUGCUGUUUAGGAUGUAGAAAUGUUCCCAACAUCCACGUUAGCAAACUACAUAGAAUGAAUGUCUGUCACUUUGCUUCACGCUAAGCAUUAUGGGUAUUGGAACAAUUAUUUGUUUGUCUUAGUAGGACAGGCUGCCAAUGAAUUAUUAUAAUUUUUUUUUUUGUAUCCUGUUUUUUAUAUCUAUAAAUAAAAUGAGAACAAACUA